UUUGGGGCAACAGCGCCGCCCUUCAUUGACUACCUGCAAGAUAUACUACGUCGGUAUCCAGAUGGUGGACAGAUUUUGAAGGAGCUGAUUCAAAAUGCAGAUGAUGCUCGAGCCACAGAGGUGGUUUUCAUCCACGAUGAGAGAAGCUAUGGGACUGAGAGCCUUUGGACUGAUGAACUGGGAAAAUACCAAGGCCCUGCUCUUUAUGCUUACAACAAUGCUGCAUUCACUGACGAAGACUGGGAAGGAAUUCAGAUGGCCGGGAGGAGUGUUAAGCGCAAUGACCCAAACAAAGUAGGGAGGUUUGGAAUCGGCUUCAACUCCGUUUACCAUACAACAGAUGUGCCAGGUAUAUUCAGUUCGGGUCACCUCGGCAUGAUGGAUCCCCAAGAGGAAAUAUUUGGAGAAGGUAAAGGAGGGUUUCGGUGGUCUAUGGAUGAUGCGGAAGACCGGGAAACUUUGAUGACGAUGCAUGAUCAGUUCCAGCCUUUUCGAGAUAUAGUUUCACUUGUAAAUGGACAAAACUGGUCAAAAGUUGUCUUGGAGGAUCAGCACUUGGACGGCACAAUUUUCCGAUUCCCCUUGCGCAACAAGGCAUCGGAUAUUUCAGAUAAUCUAUAUGACUCUGCUAAGGUGGUUGAGCUUUUUGAUAGCUUCAUUGCGGAUGCAGACUUAAGCCUCCUGUUCCUCAAAAAUGUGACCUCUGUGUCACUGAUACAUAUUAACAUACAUGGCAAAGAUAACAUCAGACUUCAAGUGAAAUCCUCAGUCCCCAGAGAUGUCAUUUUGGAGUCAACAGAGGGGUCUAUCAUCAAAGGGUCAACGAGGUUCAAACUGAUAACCCUCAAUUCAGAAGACCACAAAGAAACAAAGUGGCUUGUGACAACAGGUACCAUGAAAGAAGGCAAUGUAGGAAAUCUUGAUUCACUUGCAAAAAAGUUGAGUUUUUUUCCUCAAGUUGACUUGGCAUUACCUUGUGGCGAGAAGAGAGACUGUGGUGAGAGCAGACUGAGCUGCUUUCUCCCUCUCCCAAACAAUGAAUCCAACAAGACAGGACUCCCGGUUUAUGUCAAUGCAUGCUUCGGGCUUACAGACAAUAGAAGGCACAUAAAGUGGCAAGAAGAAGACCAGAAACAUGAUGAGCAAGCAAUCUGGAAUGAACUGUUGAUGGAGGAGGUGCUCCCACAGACAUACCUCAUGAUGAUUCAAGAUGCCAUCCAACUGGCUCAACAGUCUAUCCUCCCUGUCUCCGUCUAUGAUCUGUGGCCAGAUAUUGCUCAGAUACAGCACAAAGACAAAUGGCGUGAUGUUGCUCUGGUUGUUCUUCGUCACUUAUUCAGACAGAACAUGGCUGUCCUCUCGCUUGCUAAAGAUGAAACAAAGUUUAUCACCCCAUCAGAAGCUGUGUUUCCCUGCAAUGGUCCAACAAGCUCUGACAUAUUGGCCGCCAUUAAAAGUACUUUGGUUUCCUGUGGAGAAAAUCUUGUUGCGUUACCAGAUAAUGCUACACGAGCUAUAAAUGAGGCCUAUCCAGACCUCAGCAGCCUAAAAAGAGUGACCCCAGCUUUCCUAAGGGACAUUCUGCACAGGAUCGGUGUGCAUAACAUCUCUAAAGAUGACAAACUUUGUCUUUUGGAGUACAUUUUGAGUGAUGGAAAAUACAGAGAGCUCGAGGGUCUUCAGCUGCUUCCACUCUGCGAUGGCUCUUUCAGAUCUUUCACAAACAGAGAGAAGGACACUGCUUUAAUUGACAGCAAAGAAUUUCCAAGAGUCUUGCUGCCAUGCUGCAAACACCUCUUCAUUCCAGAUGAUCUCAGUCCAACCUGCAGAACUCACCUGAAGGAGCUGGCCACAAGAAAGUUCUUCAAGGUCAUCAACAUUGAUGCAGACCAAGUGGCUAAAUAUACAAGGAGGUAUUUGCCACAGGACUGGAAGCAGACGAAGGCCAGGCUUGUUACCUGGAACAGCAGCAGCGGUCAACAUCCACCUUUUGACUGGCUCCAAGAAUUCUGGAAAUUUCUUAACACCCACUUCAAAGAGUUAAGUCAUUUUGAUGAAUUACCAUUAAUACCAGUCACUCCGCUGUCUGUCAGUCAGCCUGUUUCACUAGCACGACUACAACAAAACACAACACUCAUAUUUCAGAAGAGUAAGCAACUUAGCUUGCCAGAUCAAAUAACUCAGUUGGUGGACAAAGUUGGUGGCACAGUGGUGAGAGAAAACAAGUGGCUCAGGCACGAAGACCUAGAUUCUUAUGUGCUCUCCCCAUCUCCAAGGAGUGUGAUGAAAAUACUGCUGAAUUUAGAUUCUCAGCAUCUCAUCAAAGAACUCAAGACUGUCUCUCACAGAGCACGAGAAGACCUGAAAGAUUAUCUGUCUCGUCUGGAUUCUCUCUCAUGUAAUGAGAAAGAUUUACUCUCAAAUUUACCUCUGUUUGAAACCAUGAAGGGACCUUGUGUUGCUGCUCAAUCAAAACAGGCAGUGCUUCUAAUUUCGGGUCUAAAAGUACCAUCAGAGCUCCCUAUGCCUGAUUCAGUUGUGCAAUGUGCUACUGAGGCAGAUCGUCGACUUUUACAGCUACUCAAGGUUAAACUUUUGGACACAGCUGAAGCAGCUACUAUCCUCAUUGACUGUAUUGAGAAGGGGGCUUGCAGCAAAGAAGAGGCUGAGAAAAUAAUGAGAUGGAUUUUACAGCAUGGCAAUAUCCUUUUCUCUCAAAAUCAGAUGUUGAAACGCAGAUGUAAGGACUUGAGGUUCAUUGAAGUGAAUGGAGAGCUGAAAAAGACCUCGAGCCUCUUUGAUCCAAGAAUUCAAACUUUCACUUCCAUUUUUGAGCCAGAUUUCUUCCCUCCAUCUGCAUACAGUGGCACUUCACAGAUGCUUGACAGCCUAACAGAUCUUGGACUCAUAAAUAAAGAAGCAGAUGUGUCACCUGAGCAUUUGUUGCAUGCCGCCACACUGAUUGACAGACUGCAUGUUGACGGUCAAUCUCAGACUGAUGCUCUCAAAAGAGCUCAGGUGUUAUUGAAAAUGUUGGAUGCUAAUGAUCUCCUGUCAAAGUUUUCUCAUGAGCAGCUUCAACACCUCAAAAAGCUAAACUGGGUCCCAUGUGAUAAACAAUGCAAUGACACAGUUCAGCAAAAUAGUUUCUUCUGCCCAGAUGAAAUAAGACAUUCAAGGUAUAAGGACAUUGUUGGGCAUGUAAUGCCUCUGGUAGGGAAUCUCAGUGACAGAGUUGGCAACAAACUUGGUCUCCUAGCCCAACCUCCACCUGAAAAAGUGAAAGAAAAUUUGUCAAUCUUGGCAUCAAAAGCACAGAAAAUGUCCAAUCCUGACACAAAUGUGGAUUUCAAAAGAAAGUUGCAUAGCAUUUACAAACACAUGCAAGACCACAUGUCUGACUUUGCAACAGUGAUGAACACAGACUCAUGCUGGCUGUGGAGCCACAACCGGUUUGUAUCAACCAAGGAUCUGGUUCUUGACUACCCAUGUAAUCUAGAUCUGAGUGCUUACAUUGGGAAGGUGCCAAAGGAAUUUCUGCCAUACAAGAAGCUACUCCAGAAGUUUGGCCUGAGAUCAUUGCUUUCAGAUGAAGAAGUUGUUGGCAUCCUUCAGUCUAUCCAGAAAACCAUUGAUGAAAGGCAACAGCCAUUUGCAAGCUCCUCUGAUGUUAAAGUGUCAGUUGAAAUUCUUAACUGGCUAUGGAAGGAGAAGAAGACGGUUCAAGAUGACAUCCCAGUGCCAGUCCUCGUAGAGCGUGAACAGUAUACCCUGAAACCACGGUCAAAGGCAGUGUUCUGCGACUUAAGCAAAAGUGGGUUGAAAGAGUUUAAAUACAGCCAGGAGAAAAUUCAUGUCCUUCAUGAGGAAAUCCCAAAAGCAGCAGCGGAAUGGCUGAAUAUUCAGUUUCUCAGUACACACAUCCUUGAUCCAGAGUUAGUGGGAAUAGAACAGUGUGGACAAUCUGAACCAAUUACAAUGAGGAUUAAAAACAUUCUUAAAGAGUAUGAUGAAGAAAGUGACAUCUUCAAAGAACUCAUUCAAAAUGCAGAGGAUGCUGGAGCAGAGGCCUGUAAAUUCUUGGUGGAUUUCAGAGUACACAGAGAAGCCCCUGAAAGUCUCAUUGACCCUGACAUGGCCCUUUGUCAGGGACCUUGUCUUUGGUCUUACAAUAAUGAGCAGUUCACAGCUGAGGAUUGGGAAAAUAUUGUCAGAGUUGGCUCUGCCUCAAAGGAAAACAAGGUGGAAAAAAUUGGAAAGUUUGGACUUGGAUUCAAUACAGUGUAUCAUGUGACAGAUGUUCCUUCCAUCCUUAGUGGCAGCAGUCUUCUCAUACUUGAUCCAAAUGUCACUCAUCUUAAGAAGCACAUCAGACACAAAACAAAUCCUGGACUCAAGCUUGAUCUCUCCAGGCAGCACCUUUUUCAGUGGUUUCCUGGUCAGUUUGGACCAUAUGAACGCAUUUUUGAUUGUAAUGUCUCCAGACCCUAUCCAGGCACUCUGAUCAAACUACCUUUCCGAACUGAAGAAGAGGCACUCAAGUCAGAAAUAAGCACUAAGGUGUAUCACAAGCACAAUAUCAUCACUGUUCAACAGCACUUUACCGAGAAUUCACAGAUUCACCUGCUUUUUCUCAAAAACAUCAAUACAGUGUCUCUACAGAGUAUCUCAAACAAUGCAUCAACUCCACCAAGAGAUGACGAAAUGGAAACUGUCCUUACUGUCUCCAAAAUCACCCUGAGUACAGUGAAGAUUCCUGAUGAAACCAGUGCAUCAAAGCAGCGUCAAGCUGAAAAAUCACUAAUGAAACUUGAUGGAAAAUGUAAAGAGGUAAUUGACUGCUGCACAGUGAGCAUUGUCCAAAUAACUAGUCAGCAAUCUGGUGUUACUGAAGUGCAGUCCUGGCUCCUGUACAAUUGUUUUGGGACAUAUCAGUCCUUGAAUAUGGCCCUUCAAGAAAACAAGAAAGCCAAGUUCUCUUUGCCCAUUGGGGGGAUUGCUGUGCCUUUGCAAAAUGAUCCAAAAACUGGGAAAUUUGCCUCAUUACAAACUAAUCUUGUUGGACAGGCAUUUUGUUUCCUUCCUCUUUCUAUUCACACUGGUCUUCCAGUCAAUGUAAAUGGAACAUUUGCAGUGACCAGCAACCGAAAAGGCCUGUGGGAGAGUGGAGUGAAACAUGACUGGAACCAAGCUCUUCUUCAGGAUCCUGUAGUGACAGCAUAUGUUACUGCACUCUUGGCACUAAAGGAAAUGUCUGAAAACAAGCAACUAGAAGCAUACUGUUAUCACACCUUUUGGCCUGAUCGAGAGAAAGUGAGCAACACAUUCAAGCCUUUGGUGGAUGCGUUUUACUUGGCCAUUGCCCAACCAUCCACUGGCCCCAAGCUCUUUAGUGAUGGAGAACACUGGUGCUCAAUGAACAGUGCCAUAUUUCUACAUGAGAGCAUUGAAGAGGAUAAAGACAUCGGUACACUUGCAAUGCAGGUGUGCAAGAAAUAUGCAGAAGCACCCAGCUGGGUGGUUCCUCUUCCAUUGUGGUUGAGAAAUAGCUUCAAACGGGCAGGCCUAGAACAGGUUUUACAGAACAGAACAUGGAACUGGGAGAAGUUUUUCCAAGAAGCUGUGUUUAAUAACCUUGGCACUAUGGACCCUGUGAGUAGAGAUGCUCUUGUGCUGCAUGCUAUUGACCUCCACAACAAAGAAAUUGACAAACUACUGGUUUCCUAUCCAUGCGUCCCCACAAGAGGCGGGCAACUCCAAUAUAUCAAGAAACUUGUGAAUCCAUCUGGGAAAGUGGCCUGUCUUUUUGAACCACAAGAAGGACGCUUGCUUGUUGGAACAAAAAAUGACUUUUGCUCCCCCAAAAGAAUUCAGCGCUUGUUGGAACUUGGAAUGGCAAAUGAUCAUCUCCCACUGGAUGACAUCACAGAGAAAUCAGGCGCAAUCGCCAGAAUCUGGAGCACCGACAGAAAGAAAGCAUAUGGGCAAUUGAAAUGUCUUCUUGAACUCAUGAAGGAUCACAUACACGAUGAAGGCUCUUUCCACUGGCAAACACUGAGGACGACUGAGUUUCUCCCAGCAUUUUCAGCUGGCGAUACAAAAAUGGAAAGAAAUGUAACCCUUAGGAGUCCCAUUGAUGUUUUCAGUGACAAAUGCUCUCUACUCAUUAACAUGACACAGCCUGUGCUGGAUCAUACCAAUUUGAAAAUACACAACACUGAUCCAGUCCUAACCCUAUUGGGAGUUCAUGACAGUCCAAGUCCUGAGAUGGUGUUUCAGCAGCUGCAAGAAGCAUGCCAACAAUCUCAAUCCAUUGACAGUGCCAUGCUUCACCAAAUAGCAUAUGAAUGCUAUACGUUUCUAGAUCAGUGGCUCUGUGAUUCCGGGGAUCCCACUUUAGUUUCACAGAGGGCAAAUUCAUUCCCAUUCAUCCUUGUUGGCAAUACAUUUGUAAAAGUGAACCAUGUUGCUGAAAAUGAGCAAUUUGAAGCAAAACCCUAUCUCCACGUCCUCCCACGUGCAUUUACAGUUUUCGAGAAGCUCUGGGAAAGUGUCGGUGUUGAAAAAAGGUUUACAAUCAGCCAGUUUCAAACUGUGUUCCAGGAGCUGCACUCUCAACAUGGAAACAAGCCACUUCCAAACAGUGAUCUAACAAUGUGCCUCACAGUAUUAAACACAGGGAUAUUUCAGGCCAAAGAGAAGACACUGGAUGACUUUCUGAUACCAAAUAAGCAUGGCAUUUUACAACCUGCAAGUGAACUGUUUUACAAUGACAGCCCAUGGAUGCCAGUGGAUGAAGGUAUCACAUUAUGCCAUGAGAAUAUCUCACGUGCUAUGGCUCACUACUUUGGAAUCACAACAACCAGGCACCAUACUUUGCAAAACCACAUAAUUGAGGACAUUUCACCAUUUGCUUUUCAGUUUGAACAACACGAGCAACUGACUGUUCGAAUUAAAAACAUCAUUUCAUCAUAUCCGUCAAAGAAGGAUAUCCUUAAAGAGCUUAUCCAAAAUGCUGAUGAUGCUGAGGCGACGGAAAUUCACUUUGUUUGGGACAAACGACAACAUGGCACAAACAGAACAUUUGGGAAGAAAUGGAAUCAUCUGCAGGGUCCAGCACUGUGUGUGUUCAACAACAAAGUGUUUUCUGAUGCUGACCUGGCUGGCAUUCAACAGCUGGGAGAAGGAGGAAAGCACAACACUCCAGGCAAGACAGGAAAAUACGGAGUUGGAUUCAAUUCUGUGUACCAUCUGACUGACUGCCCAUCAAUCCUCACUGGAGAUCAGAAGCUCUGCAUUUCUGAUCCUAAUCAAAAAUACAUUGAAAGUCAUUCAGACAAACCACUAUCUGGCAUUGGCUAUAAACUAGCAGACACUUUUAAGAACAUGUAUGUAGAUGUCUACAAAUCCUUUCUUCCAGACAGUUUUCCUCUUAAAGAAGGCACCAUGUUCAGAUUACCUCUAAGGAUGGGUACCAUGGCAAAUGGCUCUAAAAUAUCACAGCAGGGAGUCACUGACCAUGACAUGAACGAACUCUGCUCUGCCCUCUCUGAAGAUCCUGAAGGACUCAUUCUGUUUCUGAAAAACAUCUGCAAGAUAGAAGUCCAUAAAAUCAAUGAACACUCAGGGAAACUGGAAACAGUCUUCACAGUUGAAAAAAGUCUACCAGAGAAAUGCAGAGGAGAAAAAGAUGCUUUUGUAAAGCUUCAACAAAAUGCGCUCCAAUCUGACAAACCGGUAACACCACACCAGGCUAUUUAUGGAACCAUAAUCUCAACCUCUGAUAAAAGACAAAGUAAAUGGAUCAUUGCAGAACAGUUUGGUUUGUUCAAAAACGAUGAUGAAGAAGAAAUAAAACUAUCAAACAAACUUCCCCAAGCAGCAAUAGCAGCACGUGUGAGCUCAAAUAGUUCAUAUUCAUCAUCCACCAAUAUGAAGUUUAAUGGAGAAGCCUUUUGUUCACUUCCUUUGCCAGGGACUACUGGACUGCCAGUGCAUAUCAAUGCUAAUUUUGAGGUAGACUCUUCUAGGAGAAACCUCUGGAAAGAAGACGGAAAAAGUCUGAAAGCUAAGUGGAAUGAAUCUUUGAAACAGAAUCUCAUCGGUCCACUGUAUGCAGACCUUCUUCAUUACAUCAGCCGUAACAAUGGAGAAAAGAAAGUCUCUCUUUCAAAAGUUGAGUUAUGUUUUGGCCACUCAUACUUGUGCUUUUGGCCAAUUGUGUCCACAGAUGUCGGUCAGGAGUGGCAUGAAAUGAUACAUGAGGUAUACAGAUCCAUCAAAGAAAGGGGCCUUAAUGUGAUUCCAGUGAUGAGAAGCUCAACACGUGUAAUUGCAGGACGAAAUAUUCAAGAGUACUCUUUUGACUGGUGUAACAUCAGAGAAACUGAAUCAACUAAGGCACCUUACCUGACACAUUCAGAUAAUUACAACAUUAUUCCCAUUUUGGAUGAUCUUGGAAUGAAACUGGUGCCUUUUUCCACUGAAAUGCAAAACAUUUGGAAUAGUUUCAGAUCUGCUGGAAUUGAACUGAAAGAUGUAAAUCCUGAAACUGUGCAGACUUUCCUGAAAGAAAAACCCCUCAAUGAUCCAGCCCAAACAGAUAAGGGGUUACCCCUGCCCAUAACUGACACUCUGAUCAGAGAUGAAGAACGAUGUUCAAAGCUUUUAAAGUUCUGCUUAAAAGAUUACUACCUAAAAAAGAUCACUGCAGACAAUUCCAGUGUACUCGAUGGACUUCCACUUCUUCUCACAAGAGAUAGAGUUUUGAGAGUGUUUAACUCAAAAGAGCCCAAGUUGAUGUCAAGAUAUGGCAGUCUGUUCAAUGGAUAUGAGUGCAAAUUUGCAGAUUAUCAGACCAACAAAGAGCACACUCCUGUGCUACUAGCUUUCAACGUUGUCACAAAUUUGACCGUUCACUGUGCAGCAGAUUACCUCACAACAUUAAUUCAGGGUCAUCUUCAGAACUGUGAUGUCGAUCCAGACAGUGGUCUUCAUGUCCCAAAUGAAAAAAUGUCAAAGUGGUUGAAUUCACUUUGGAAGUUCUUAACAAAUGAAAUUAAACCAGCAACAUCUAACAAAGGUGAACAAAGUGUAACAUUAAGUGAUGUGAGACAGCUCUUCGAGGACUGCUGCAUUUUACCUGUUGUGUGUCCAAGUUUAAACAACAAGCACUUCCUCCAAAAAAUGAAAGACAUGCCAAGUGUGAUUCAGUACGGCUCAUCACAUGAUACAUCAGGCAUCCUCUUUAAACUUGGUUUUAUGAAGCUUAACAUAGCAUUCUUCUCUGAGAUGCCUCAACAACGACAGUUACAUUUAUUGCUACAACCUGAACUUAUGGAUGUGAAUGACAGAAGCUCUGUUCUGGACCAGGUCUACAGCGUUAACCACUCCAAGUUUUCCCAGCUUUCCCCUAAUGAGAUGAACGAGCUUCAGAACUUCCUGCAGUCUGGAGUAUCCAAGGCCCAAAACACUCAGGAAUAUCAGAGAAAGCUCAAAUCCUUACCAUUAUUUGAAACAAUACAUGGUGAGCGAGUGAGGAUUGAUGGACCUGAAGAGGUAUUUAUCCUCAACAGUAGUCUUUCAGUGACAUUUCCAGACUUGUUCUUCCUGCCCCAGACCAACAGCAUUUUUCUCAAAUACCAGCCAGAGAACUGCAGUCUAUCCCAAACACUGCACAUCCAGAUCCUGUCUGAUAUGGAGUAUUUCAUGAAGUUCAUUCUGCCAAUUGUACAUAGUCUCAAAGAGAGGCAGUUGUUUUGCUGUCUCAAGCUGUUACUGUCACUACAUUAUGAUCCAACUUAUUACCAGUACAAGGAGAAAAUCAUCUCCUCAAUGAAGACUGUGAAACUGAUUUGCAGUUCUCAAGGCAGAAUGGAAAUGGCAUCAUACUACUAUGAUGAGAGGGUCAAUCUCUUUAAGGAAAUGUUGCCCCAGGAAAGAUUUGUGCCUCAGAGAUUUUGGAGCGAGUUGUGUGACGGUAAUCCAGGAACAACAGAUCGAUUUAAAAAUCUGGUUCAAGAACUUGGAAUGAAGCAUAUUGUGUCAAAUGACGAUAUAAUAAACUUUGCACACCAGUUAGAAUCAGACACAAAAGGCAACUGUCAGCUUGAAGGGCUGAAAAAGAAAUCAACAUUACUUUUCAGAGAAGCCUUGAAUAAAGCAAGUAAUGAUGACAAAAACAAGACAAAUUUGCUGCAGAGCAUAGCUGACAUUAAGUUCAUUUUUCCAGCGACAAUUCGAAAAGAACUGUGCAACUAUCAUCAACCAUUUGCCACAGAGAAAACGGCUGUUAAAAUCAGAGGAUCUCUGAUACAAAGUGAGUCUACACAUCAAGAACUGAUUUGGUCUUCAAUGCCAAUUAUACAUUUACCAGCCUAUGUGACAUCUAAGCUCAAGCAAAUGAUGAAAGAUGCAGGUGCUCAUGAAAAGCCACCUUCACAAUGUGUAACCAAUAACAUGAGCAACAUCUGUCAGUCGCCCUGCAAAAGUGAAGAGUUGAUUGAAACCCGUGCUAAGGUGUUUCGAAGUUCCUAUGCCUACUUGCAAGCAAAUGGGUUUAAAGGACAGCCACUGGCCGGUCUUCCUGUUGUGUUGGUCGAAAAAGAUACAGAACUUGUGAAGACUGAUGAUACGGUUCUUACACUCCCCUAUUACAAAGAGUUCAGACCAUAUUUGUACAGCAUUUCUCCACAGGAUGUCCUGGUCACAGAUUUCUUCAAGAAAAUUGGUGUAAAGGAGAAGCCUACUGCAGUGCAGUAUUGUAAUGUUCUGGCAGCAGUUUUUGCCGACUCCUGUGAUAAACCACAACUAAACCCAAACCAGCUCAUAACUGUGAAACGUGCAGUUGAGCAGUUAUUUAAGCUGAUCAAAGCUCAAAAAAGCCAGUCCCUCAGUGAUGUAAAGACCUUGUAUCUUCCUGCAGUAGAUGGUAAAUUAUACCCAUCAUGCUCACUCUACUACAAUGACACAGUGUUUGAGACCAGACGGUUAGAAGAAGCACUGGAGAACAGAAAUACACAUCUGUUACUUGCGAAACUCAGUGAAUGUCAUCUGGGCAACGACUUCUAUGAGCAUCAGCGGUUGCUGCAAUUGCUGCCUCCAAACUUUCAGCCUAUGAUGCUGUCUCAGGUCACAGAGGAGAAAUUAGUAGAAGUGUACAUGCAGUUUUGUGAGUUUGACACUGGAUGUCAAUUUAGUGGAUGGUUUGACAAACAUCUGUCCUCAGUAGCAUUCAGAUAUGGCCUAAUCUGUCUUAUCAGAGAGCAGUCUAAAGGAGAAAUAACACAAGAAGAUGCUGCCAAGAUGUGUGAGAAGACUUUUGGCAGUAUUCAGAUUGUCUGCUGCAAAAGCCUGAAAACAAAGCUUUGGCUGAAUCAACAGCCACUAGACAACACUGCCACUGAAACUGAUGUUUUUGUCAAAGGAGGGCAACAAGGUUGUGUCUUUUACUUAAAACACAAUGAUGACCUGGCUCCUAAGGUGAUAAAUGGCAUCAACAUGACAUUGACAAAGGAGAUUAAUGCUCUUUUAGGAAACAAAAUUGCAUCAGGUCACAUCCCAGUCCUGGGGCACCUUCUCACAUGUGACAAUCUGGAAGAUGUUCAGAAAGUUCUGGCUAAGUAUGAGAUCCGUGACAGUGCUGAAACUAAAAGCUUCCGUCAAGAUCCACCAGCCCCUGGGACAGAUAUUCCAGAAAAGUGGUAUGAUUCCUUAGAUAUGAAUGUCCUCAAUAACUUUGAAGAAGGGGAAUAUGUUGGCUACAACACUGAGGAGAAGUACAUUUAUGCAGUUAUUGUUGAAGAACUGCCUGGAAAAACUGGACGGUAUUCACAGAGAUAUAAAAUAGAUAUUGGAGAAGAUGAGCCAAUCGAAGUCAGUUGUGUUGACCUGUAUCAGUUUAAACGGGAAAAGAAGCCAAAACCUGAAGAGAGGACUUGCACAUCUGCUGAAGCUUCUUGUAUGGAGCUGGUGCCACUAGAGGGACCUGUGCCGCAUUCUUCUCUACCAUCAACCUCAAGUUCCUCAUCUACAAGAUCCUCACCAGCCUCUGUUGAUGAAGCUAAAAGGGAAAUUGACAAAUGUUUGGCAGAGAUCUGGACUCUUCCUCAGGAGGAGAGGCAAAAAGCCAUCAAGCGACUGUACCUUAGAUGGCAUCCUGACAAAAAUCUUGACUGUCAGGGACUUGCCACUGAAGCAUUCAAAUACUUGCAGAAUCGGAUUGACGAGCUCAGCAAAGGCAAAGGCAAAACAGGCUCAUCUUGUCCUGGAGGAAACUCACAUUUCAGAGACUUCUACCAGCAGUGGAAUCAGGAGGCCCGGUAUCACAGAAGGGGUCGAGAGAGCUACUAUAGUAACUUCCAUUCCUACAACUUUUGGACCCAUAAUGAAAAUGUCCCGAGGCCAAACACAGAGGAGGCCCGGCGCUGGUGCAGACAGGCUCGCUGCGAUCUCAACGCAGCUUACAAAGACAAGGGUGGAGGGAGCACAGAAUGGUGUCUGUUCAAAAUCCAUCAAGCUGUGGAAAAGUCUCUUAUAGCUGCAGAGUAUAAACGAUCUGGUCAAAAUCCCACACCCUGCUCCAUUUCAGCAAUUGCUGAAAAAAUUUCCCUGAACAAUCCCAAACUGAGAAUUCUGCCCAAAAUUGUGGAACAUCUUAAGAAGCUGGGAGUGGACAACAAAAAAACUCAAUAUCCUAACUGCCACCGAUUUCCCCACAUUCCAAAUGAUCAGUUCAACUCAGAGAAUGAAAUGGAAGCUCUGAGCCAGGCGUCCAAGCUGCUCGAUCAAGUCGAGGCAUAUGUGAAUUAGGGAUUCAAGACAGACAGUUCAUGUUGGAAGAGUGAAUUAGAUUUUUUUUUUUUUAUGUCAACAAUACUGUUAAGCUAUAUGGUUAUGUUGAAGCAUCACUAUGACAGAACAAUUAUUUAAAAGGAUAAACAUAAGCCUGAGUUAUACAUAUGAAAAUUCUGAAUGAAACGUGUUUUGAAAAUGUUAAUUGUUUUGUGCAUUGUUGCAGACAUGUCUACUUACUGAGAACCAGUAUAAUCACUGUAUACCUUAAGUUGUUUUUCUCUUGACAUUGUAAACAUGUAUGAUUAGUCUGAGAACCAAUGUAGUCACCGUACAACUAUGUGAUAAUUAUAACCAAAACUAAUUUUACCACUAGUUAACUAAUUUUUGUUUGUUCUUUUAUCUGUUCUCUUUUGUAAAUGACAUUUAGUAAAGGAUGAAACAGUAAAUCCUGUUCAUGAUUUUAAACAUGAUAGUAAAAAUGUCACCAGACACUGUAGGACAAGUGAGUUUGGAAUUAACUUCCUGCACUACUACAUGUAGUAUUUAGACAAGUAUCAUCAACAUCACUGUUGGACCAAAAGUCAUAAAAACUCAGUCCGAGAUUCUAGAGAGGUUUUCUUCUUUUUAUUCAUUAAGAAAAGGUGUUAUGAAAAUAAUGACAACUAAUCACAUAGACAAAUGAUCUUUCCAUAUGUGAAUGACUAAAGUUUGCUCUGGAGGACGUGAUUAUCUCAGCAGUCACCAGAGCAAACCUGUCUUCUCAUUGUGCUCAAAGUGUGCUUGGCCUCAUCCUAAAGUAAAAAUGUUACAAGGCUAUUGAUGUCUCUCUCCAAUGUUCACUAAUGAAUCAGUUUGAAAUAAUUUGUUUUUUGAAAAACAAAGUUCUUGUAUAUACCAGA